AUGAGAGCAUCAAAGUUCGCACAAAAAAUUGUGAAAAAACGCGGGUCAUGCGCCCGGCAUACUCAAAGCUUAAGCCAUGCAACUGGCCGAGGCCAGGCGCUGCCACAGGACUAUGUCUUGGACGUUGUGGUAGGUGUUCUUGACGUUCGCCUUGAGUCUGCGAACAUCCCAGCAGUGCUCGCCGCGGAUGCAUCAUCUUCGGCUGACUUCGUGAUUUCGACACCACGUGGUAUGGAGGCAGAUGUGCUUGGGCUCCGCAUUGGCCCAUUCCUGCAGCUGCUGGUUGUGAUGGGCGCAGAGAACUACACCGAGAACUUGCUGGAAAGGACUCGCUACAACGUCAGUGCGAACAGCCUCGUCGGGCUGGGCCGAGAGUUGACGAUCAUUCUCCAGGUACGGCCUCCGCCUGGCAGCGACUUCCCGACUUUGGAUGUGCGCACGGCCCUUGUGGUGAGCUUCCAACAGCCGUCGGUGGUCUCCAUCGAGACGAACAUGGCGAACAACACCAUCUCCGUCCUGCAGACCACAGUUAUCACGGUGUCAGGGACAAACCUGGCGGUGGUUGCCUCAAACGCCUCAGCGCCUUUGAGCGCUGAGAUCUUCGUUGCUGGCCUUCCGUCAAAUUGCUCAACCACUGAAUGUCAAGAGCCUGCGCUUCAAGCCCUCCUGGAUGCCGGGGAAGCCAGCCUGUGUUCAGACAUGGUGGUGCUUUCGGCGAGCACCCUGAGUUGCAGCAUGGAGCCCACAGUCAGUGCGCAGCUGGGCCUUUGCCUGGUCCUCCGCAGCGGUCUCUUCGCCCGCCGCUACUGCGCAGCGUUCGGCCCACCCGGCUCUCUGCGGCCCGAGCAGCCGGCCGUCGGAGGCCUGUCGCAGCCAGUCCAGGACAUGUCCUCGCCUGAGCCCUUCAUCGUCAUCGUUGAUGGCGACCUUCCCUGGGAGAAUGUCUCACAGGGCUAUCUCCAGGCUGGCGCGAUGAAGGGGGAGAAAGUUGUGUGGGCGACGCUCUUCGACGAAGUGCCAGCAGGUGUCUCGAAUCCCGGCGAUGGCUAUCAGCCUCUUUGCGCCCAGGCAGUCCGCAUGGACAACAGCAGCAUCCUCUGCUUCCGCACCCAGAACUUCAACAUCUCACAACUUGGGUCUCGCGCGAACAUCUACGUGCAGAGUGGGCCAGAUGCCACUUCUGCGAACAUCAACGAGGGUGGACUUCAAGUCAACCAGCCACGCAUCGAUUCGAUCACACGCAGCCACGAAUUUGAAGUGGGCGCUCUGGAUGUUACCAUCGAGGGGGAGCACUUCGGCACCCAAGCGAAUGGCAACAUGGUGGUGCAACUGGAGACCUUUGGGGCGAACACGUCGGCCGUGCCAGACCUGUCCCUUGCAGACGAGCAAGGGCAGCCCACGCACGUCGUUCCCUGCCAGAUCAUCAGUCACGAGGACACGCAGCUGCGCUGCCGUGUCGAGGAUCAAAGCCUGUUCGGUGCAGAGGUUCCGGGUGAAUACUACGAAGAGACGGUGGAGGUGGAGGAGAGCCGCCGGCUUCAGCAGGGAGAUGAGCCCUUGGAUCUCCCCAGGCCUGGCCUGGUGAUGUCUGUGGGCCUUUCUCUCUCUCUUUUGAUCUUUUUGGUGUUUGGGGGGUUUGGGGGGGGGGGGGNNGUGGGUUAG